AUGGCACCCAUACGCCGCUACCUCCGCAUCACCAAAUACUCCGUCCUCGAAGUACGCAUCUACCUCGACAACCCAGCCUUGGCCAACUCAUGGCUCCUAAACCCACGCACACCAGUACUUCCUCGCGUCAUCGAAGCUGUGAGGCCAUUGGUGCUUCCGAAAUUGAGAGAGGAGAAUGAAAACGCAGCCAAAAAAUCCAAAGGCAAAAAGAAACGAGGAGUGAGGGAUGUGGUGUCGGGGGAUGACUUUGAAGUGUCUAUUUUCCUGACGGAAACGAGCACGAGCCAUGCGAUGCUCACCAAACAAAAGACGUUCUCUGCGAAACCGAAAUUGGAGAGCAACGCAAGCAAACUUACGCAGUGGAUGGGAGGAGCGAAUGCGGAUACUGCUAUCAGAGUGGAAGAUCACGAUGAGAUGCCUGCUGUGUUGCUCGAAGAGGAAGCCGAAGACGUGGCUCUGGAGAACAUACCCGAUAUCGACACUGCUGCUGCACCAUCACGCGCGAAACGAACACGAGGCGCAGACGAUGAGAACGAACAUAUCUUUGUGCAAUCGGAAGACGAUGAGGAAGAGGAAGCAGCACCGCGGAAGAAGAAAAAGACAAAAGUCAAGGAUGCUGAGGAGGACGAUAAGAAAAAGCUGGGCAUCAAUACUGCAUACGAGGGUUUCGGCAUCUAUGGAAGGAUAUUGUGUUUGAUCGUCAAGCGCAAGGGAGUCAAGAAGUCUGCUGGAGGCAAUGCGGCUGGUACGCAGAUGUUGGAGAAUUGGGUGUCUACGCAAGCGGAUAAUGAAGGUGUGCUUGAUGAUGUGGAGGAUGGAUGA